AUGGAUAAUGAUGAAAUUAUAGAGAUUAAGCUUUCUAAAAAAAUUGACAAUUUAAUUGAAGAACUUAAAGGAGAAAAUACACCAGAUGAAUUAAGAAAUAUAGUUCAAAAAUGUUGCGACUACAAUCCUCUCAAUCGUAUAGCCUUGGAAGAA